UUUUUAAAAAGAAGACUUGGACAUGAACCCAAAUAAUCAAACGCAAUUAAAUCCCCAGUCCAAAUCCACCAUUACUCCUGACCUUGAACUCUCUCCCUGUCUCUGGGUCUCUCUCCCCCCAUGUCUUUCAAAGAAGAAACCAUCACCAAAACUGAGUCUCUAAGCCCCGCAAAAACGACCCCGUUCCUGAUGAUCUAAUAUGGCCAUAGCGGACCAGAGAUCACCCGCCGAUAAUACGAACAACAAUCACAAUAACAAAGUUUGGGGACUUUUUAAGCUGCCGUUUUUAGGAGGGAGCGACGCAAACACGACACCCUCUUCUUCUUCUUCUGCUACUACUGCUACUAAUCCAACUAUGAUGAUGCAGCAGCAUCACCACCACCACCAACACCAUAAUCACCAGCACAACUCGCAAAUUGAAGGAUCUUCUAAUCCUCCUCACCCUUCCAAUUCUGUCUCUUCUGUUGCUAGAUCGCUUUUGCCUACUCGUCGUCGUCUUAAACUCGAUCCAGCUUCUAAGCUUUACUUUCCUUACGAACCUGGCAAGCAGGUCCGGAGUGCCAUCAGGAUUAAAAACACUAGCAAGUCACAUGUAGCGUUUAAGUUUCAAACAACUGCACCGAAAAGCUGUUUCAUGCGUCCUCCUGGGGCUAUUCUUGCACCUGGGGAAAGUAUCAUUGCUACAGUCUUCAAGUUUGUUGAGCUUCCAGAAAAUAAUGAGAAACCAAUGGAACAGAAGAGCAGGGUUAAAUUUAAAAUCAUGAGCCUGAAGGUGAAAGGGGUUAUGGACUAUGUACCUGAGCUGUUUGAUGAGCAGAAAGAUCAGGUAGCAAUAGAGCAAAUAUUGCGGGUUAUUUUUCUGGAUCCGGAGCGUCCUAGUCCUGCUUUGGAAAAGUUGAAGCGCCAAUUGGCUGAUGCUGAUGCAGCUGUUGAGGCACGCAAGAAGCCUCCAGAAGAUGCAGGCCCAAGGAUUAUCGGUGAAGGACUAGUUAUAGAUGAAUGGAAAGAGCGAAGAGAAAGAUACCUUGCUCGGCAGCAGGGUGAAGUAGUAGACUCGGUAUAGAGUGGCAGUGCAUUUGUGUAUGAUGAAUGGAAUUUAUACAACCCACCAUUCAGUAAAUUCCUCCACCCUUUUCAUGUAAUGCAAAGGAUAUUGUAUUCAGAAAAUCAUGUAGGAAAACUUCAACAUGGUGUGUAAAGAGAAACUGGAAGUGAAUUCUGUGAUUUGGGGUACUAAAACUUUUUCGAUCUCCAUCUGCCUGUGUAUACUUGUGUUUUUGUUUUCCUAUUUCAGAAAUAACUUAUCUUUACCCAAAGUAAAGCGCAUAAUUUCAAUUUUAA